UGUGUAUUAAAAUUCGGUAAAAAAAUGAGCAGCCAGCGAUUUGACACGAUAAAAUUUUUGGAAGAAUAUGAAAGGUUUCCAUGUUUAUGGAAAAAAAGUUCCCCCGAUUUCAAAAACAGAGUCAAGAGGGAUCAUGCAGAAGAACUUCUGCUACCCAUAUCAGGACUCUCUACAAUAAAAGAACUCAGGCAGAAAAUAAGGAGCAUUAGAUGCACGUAUAAUCAAGAAGUUGCUAAAAUAAGGAAAUCCAUGGGAACUGGAUCGGGCACCGAUACUGUGUAUAAACCAAAACUCUCAUGGUUUCACGUAGCUGACAGUUUUUUGAGACAAAAUUUGGGAGAAAAUGAGUCACAAUCUAAUUUGAUGUUGCCAGAACAAAUUUCAGAAGAAAUCCAGGGAAAUGCACCCUCAAUAGUAAAUGAAGACUCGACACAAGAGACAUGGGAGUGUGAAAAAAACCCUUUUACAAAUUCAAGAGAGGCACAAUCAUGUUUUAAAAAGCUUAAUGCACAGCCGAUAACGCCAAAUCAAUCUUCACAAGAGCCUAGUAGAGAUUAUGAAGAAACCCCCUCUGUUAAUUCGGCGAGAAAAACAAAGACUCGGAAAAGACUCGCGAACAAUGGAAAAAGUAAGGAGGAUGAAUCGUUGGACCAGGCUGUUAAAGCUUUAAAAGAAGUAGCAUCUGUUGCCUCCAAUGAAUUUGAUGCAUUCGGACAACAUGUUUCUUCCCAACUUAAGUGCCUUCCAUUACAAGAAGCACUACUACUUCAGGAGGAUAUCCAGAAAUCUAUAACAACUGUUCGCCUGCGUUGUUUAAGAAAUCAAAAUGUAAUCAACACUUCAUUCGACAAGGAAACACGGACCACUACUUCUUCAUCAGAAAUGUAUCGACAAGACGAUACAUCAGAACUAUCAAGUUAUUCAGGGGAAAAUAAACGAUAUCAUUAUCAGCAGGUUCCAAAUGAAGUGCAAAAUCAAAAUGGCAAUAAUCCUUUAUUUUCCCAUGAAGCACAGGAGACUAUUUGCUCAGAAAGUUAUUUACAAGGCAAUACAGACUCCUCAACUUCUUCAGGGGUAAAUGAACAAUAUCAAUUUCGGCAUCAGGGUCAGAUGCAAUUAACAAAUUAUUUCAAGAAUUGGGCGGAAAGUGAUGACGCCGGUGUUGAUUUCAAUUAAAAUAGAUACUUACUUAAAACUUAGAAUAUUCUGUUGAUUUUGUUUGAACAUUUUUUGUAUUUUUUUUUGUUUGAGAUUGGAAUUUUGUAAAUAAAGUUACUGUUUACCUACCAUA